AUGUGGGCUUUUUUUGUUUGUUUUCCAUCAUUUGCUAUAAGUCGCGAACCUGGAUUCGGUUUUCCAAUACGGGAAGGAAUUCAAGUGUCACUUAAAUGUGACGUUGAUUCAAAUCCUCCAUCGAGUCCUAUUUGGCAAAAAGGUAAUAACAAACAAACAACAAACUUACAAACAAACGUUUUAUAUAAUUUAUCUAAUACUUUUGCUUUCGCGUAA